AUGCCGCAGACUGUCCAGAUCAUCCGCGAUGUGAUCACCAUCGAUGCCAAAUUCCCCUUCAUCGCAGGUCUCGAACCCGGUGACACGCUCCGCAUCAUCGCUCGGGAGAUUAGGCUCAUGGAGACAUACGACCUUAAAGGAAAGAAUCUCGAGUUCUACGCGUCGACGUUCAUCGCUUCGAAUAGUGCGGUCAUCCUCAAUCGAGGGACCAUCGGGGCACAGGGCACCGCAGGAGAGGAUGUCCUCCAAGCGGCGUCCUCCAAAGUCGAUAUCCUCCUCAACUUUGCUUUCCGUGCACAACGGUCUAUCGAGAUUUACCUUCUCCUGGACCAAACCCAGUAUGUCUACUACGAUGUUGGUUGUGUCCACCCCGAUAUCAAGGCCGAGUAUAUCCGCAACCCCGACAGUGUGGUUUCUCUUACCACAUCGUACCAGUCUUCAUUUGAGAGACUCCUCGACCCCACAAGCAUGUGGAACACAUAUACUUCAUUCACUGAUCCGGAAACCCUCGACAUGUUCCGCUCCACUUUCACCCUGACGUUCAGUUUUGACGCGGCCACUCUCUCUCAGCAGCGCUACAACACCAAAAUCCAGGCUGUCGGAGUCGCUUUUAUUGGCGCUACGGGCAAGGGAGAUCUGAUCUCUUGUAAAGUCGAACAUGGUGGGGUAUACUGUCAACGGAUGAGCGAUGGGAUGCUGCGAGAGUCCAUCCUGAAAGCUCGAUACAAUAUCAUCUUAGCCACAAUUACCCCCCUUCAACUGAGCGGCUUUGACCUUGACUCGUCUCCCUCACUUGAGGACCCCCAGAACUCUCCGCUAUGGGCAAUGGGUAUCGGCGGGCUCUACACCAUUACGAUCCCGGAGAGCGAGUUCAAAGAGCAUCACCCCACAUUCGAAGGGCUAAAGGAGAUUGAAGUGUGGCUUGGAUAUCAAUUCAUGGAGUGA